AUGAAUGUAAGAAUUGCAAUGGCAAUGAUGAGUGAGUAGGGACACAAGUGGGCGCAGGAUAAGCACGUGGGCGUCGCCUUUCUCCAAUUGCCUUGCACGCUGGCAUAGAGUCUGAUAUGCUAACGAACUAAAAAAAGCUCCUCUCUCUCUCUCUCUCCCCCUCUCUCUCAGAAACGUCACAGUGUUGAUUCUCCGGCGAGAUUUUCCGGCGAAUGAUUUGCAGCUUGUGAUAAUAUUCCCAAGUCAAGGUCUAGUCCUUUUUCUUGUUCCUUUUUUCUUUCUAAAUGUUAUAUGUUUGAUUUUCUUCGGUGGGUAUAUGGAUGAUGUUGAUGGGAUUAAGUUUGUUUGCAUGUCUAGAGUUAGACUGAGGUAACAUUUACGUACCGUGAUUUUAAUCACAAAAUAUUUUUGUAUACGGUAUAUUCAUCGAUAUAUGACCAUAUCACCGACACCGACAAAAAAUUUCUGAUGUGGAAUUUGCAUAGUUUGGUCUUCCGGGUAUAUGACCAUAUCACCGAUAUUUGACACGAAGUUCUGAUGUCGCUAAACAGGGAAUUCGCAGAGUUUGAUCUUCCGGGUAUACUUCAUUCUGAAGACAUAGGCAUAUAAAUUUCACAAAACAGUUUUAUUUUAUUUUAUUGGAGACUCUCUCUCUCUCUCUCUCUCUCUCUCUCUCUCUCUCUCUCUCUCUCUCUCUCUCUCUCUCUCUCUCUCUCUCUCUCUCUCUCCAAGAAAUCCUGUCACUCUCUCAACUGCUAAAGGCCCACUCUCUGUUGGGUGGAUGUCUGUUUGGAGUGAUUUCCAAUCGUAUUUGGUCUGCUGAGAAAAAAAACCGAGUUAUAUAAAACAUGAAAUGAAGGUUCAUAAUUUCUAGUCUUGAAGAAGAGGAGGGAAAAGAAAGACGAACAUGAAGUUUAUGAAACUCGGAUCGCGGCCGGAUACUUUCUACACCACUGAAGCAGUGAGGGCAGUCUCCUCGGAAGUGUCCAGUGAUCUCAUAGUUCAGGUCCAGGGAAGUAGAUAUUUGCUUCACAAGUUUCCCCUGCUCUCCAAGUGCUUGCUUCUCCAAAGACUUUGCUCCGAAACCCCCGAAACCAAACACCACCAGAUAGUCCAGCUCCCGGAUUUUCCUGGUGGCAUUGAGGCGUUCGAAUUGUGUGCAAAGUUUUGCUAUGGCAUCACGAUUACCCUCUCUGCUCACAACAUUGUGUCGGCCAGAUGCGCGGCCGAAUACCUCCAGAUGACAGAUGAAGCAGAAAAGGGAAACUUGAUAUACAAAAUUGAAGUUUUCUUCAAUUCUUGCAUACUUAACGGGUGGAGGGACUCAAUUGUGACCCUCCAAGGUACUAAAUCCUUGCCAUCUUGGUCAGAGGAGCUUGGCAUCACAAGCAGAUGCAUUGAGGCGAUUGCAUCAAAAGUGCUAGCCAACCCGUCAAGGGUAAACUUGUCAAAUAGUUGUUCGCGGAGGGGUAGGGAUGACAUUUCGUGGUGUAACGGAUCGGAGAGCCAACGACAUGAUAAGCACGUAACCAAAGGGUGGUGGGCUGAAGAUAUAGCAGAAUUAGGCAUAGACCUGUACUGGAGAACCAUGAUAGCCAUCAAAUCUGUUGGAAAGCCGCCUUCGAAUCUCAUAGGAGAGGCAUUGCGAAUAUACGCAUCCCGAUGGCUACCUAACAUAUCAAAAGACUCGAAUAAUGCCAACCGAAUGGAGUCAGACUCGGACUCAGCUGGGAAGAUAAAUUCAAAGCAUAGGCUGCUUUUGGAAACAAUAACAAGCUUACUUCCACCGGAGAAAGGCGCCGUUUCUUGUAGCUUCUUGCUUAAACUCUUGAAAGCAGCCAAUAUACUCAAUGCAUCGAACUCUUCGAAGAUGGAAUUGGCAAGGAGGGUUGGGAUUCAACUAGAGGAAGCAAAAGUGAGUGAUUUGUUGAUUCCCUCCCUAUCGAGCGACAUGGUUUACGAUGUUGAAAUGGUUUUGAACAUAUUAGAGCAAUUCAUGUUGCAAGGGCAGAGUCCCCCAACUAGUCCUGUGAGAGCUAAGGGCGGGUUCGAGAGAAGGAGGAGGUCUCGAUCCGAGGAGAAGGUGGAUUCGGAGUUUCAGGAGAGCAGGAGGUCUUCUUCGGCGUCUCAUAGCUCGAAAAUCAAGGUGGCAAAACUUGUGGAUGGUUUUCUUCAAGAGAUAGCACAUGAUAGGAAUUUGCCAAUGUCAAAGUUCAUUGCAGUAGCAGAAGCUGUACCAGAAUUUGCAAGGCUUGAUCAUGAUGAUCUAUACAGGGCAAUUGACAUUUAUCUCAAGGCACACCCGGAUCUCAACAAAAGCGAAAGAAAGAACUUGUGCCGAAUUCUAGACUGCAAAAAGUUGUCGAUGGAAGCCUGCACGCAUGCAGCUCAAAACGAGCGACUCCCGUUGAGGGUGGUGGUGCAAGUCCUCUUCUUUGAGCAAGCCAGGGCUACAACAUCCGGUGGCCGAGUGACCGACAUCCCUAGCAACAUCAGGGCACUUCUUACGUCAAACGGUGACCCAAGAAGGCCAAUGACUGCAUCAUUUAGCACCAAUGCCACUGGUCCAGCCGAGGACCAGUGGAGCAUUUCAGGGCAAAAAUCGCCCACGUCGAGGAUUUCUACUCUGAGGAUGAAGCUGGCGGAAGACGACGAUUUGGAUGAGAGUUUCGCGGAUAGGAUCGGGAGUUCGUCGAGAGCUAAGGCUAGUAAUUGCUUGCUCCCCGGUAGGCCAAAAGGGAUGUUUAGUAAGUUGUGGCCCAUUAGUAGAAGUGCAAGCCAAAGGCAUUGACAGAGUUUUUUCUUAUUUUCUUGGUGGUGAUGAGAAGGGUAAACGGGUAAUUUCCUUCAACUUUUUUUUUUUUUUGGGCAACUGUGCAUUGUAUUCUUAGGGAGGAAAAAAAGGGUCAAUGUGAAUGGUGUAGUUUGUGUUAAUAACAACAAACAAGUAUUUUUUUCCCCUUAUUUUUAGAUAUGUGAGAAAAAUCUCUCUCGAGGAACCUAAUUUUGUGGGAACUGAAUAGGAGCCUAGGUUGUAUUAUUUGUCCCAAGAGUUGGGGCCAGAAUUCUUGUUUUUGUCUGUAAAUCUGUGUUGUC